CAAAGCACGGCCGUCGCCUUGCCUCACCCUGCAUUCCUGUUUCGACUUCCAGCAACGUGUCGUCAAAUAAUUAACGAUUGCACCGUACGCGCUCGCCGCGCAGAGCGCACGAACACGCGGCAGUCUCUACCAAGAUGUCAACCCUCGCGGACGAACUCCUUCAGGACUUUGAAGGAUCCGGAUCAGAAGCUGGUGGCGAUGAACACGACGACACCCUGUUUGGCGAGGCUGGUCUCUCAGGCCGCACCCAUGCCAAUGGAGAAGACACCGCCAUGGAGGAAGUGCGCGACGAGGAUGAGGAUGCAGACGAGGACGCCGACAUGAUGGACGGGCCCGACGGCAACGCCGCUCCGGGGGCCGACGUCGACGACGACGACACGAAAGCCAAGAUUGAGAAGAUGCAACUGGGUGGCGUCCGCGAUGUGCGCUCUGUAGCGGGCCUCAUGAAGACUUUGACGCCCGUCCUCGAGAAAAUCGCACACUACCAGUCGCAACCCGCCGAGUCGAUGAACAACGUCGGAAAUGUGGAGGACCAUCCCGAGUACCACCUCUUGACCCUGUCGAACAGCCUAUCGACGCAGAUCGACAACGAGAUCAUGCUCGUGCACAAGUUCAUCCGAGACCACUAUUCUGUACGGUUUCCCGAGCUCGAGACCCUUAUCACCAAUCCCCUGGAGUACGCAAAGGUGGUUGCCAUCUUGGGCAAUGGGCCCAUGGACUCGGAGAGCAUCAAGUCCCUCCAGGCAUCAACAGACAACCCGCUCGGUGUGACGCUCAAGUCGGUGCUCGACGGCCCCUCCUUGAUGAUCGUGACGGUGGAAGCCACUACAUCCAAGGGCCGGGCGAUGUCGCAAGAGGAGCUCCAGAGAGUGGUCCAGGCUUGCGAGAUGGUCAUUGCGCUCGACAAGGCCAAGAAGACCCUGACGGAGUAUGUGCAGUCGCGCAUGAACAUCUUUGCGCCGAACUUGACGGCACUCAUCGGGUCUCUGACGGCAGCGCAGCUGCUCAACCAGGCUGGCGGUCUCACCGGCCUCUCCAAGACGCCAGCGUGCAAUCUACCUGCGUGGGGGUCGAAAAAGCAAGCCAGUGCUGCGCUAGCCACAAACGUGGGCAUUCGUCACCAGGGCUUCAUCUUCCAGUCUCCCGUGAUCCGGAGCAUCCCAAGCGACCUCAAGAAGCAAGCUAUCAGGAUGUUCGCCAACAAGAUCGUCAUGUGCGCGCGCACCGACUGCUUCCACCAGUUCCGCGACGGCUCGGAGGGAGAACGGCUGAAAGACGAAUGCCUAGACCGUCUGGACAAGCUUCAGCAGAAGCCCCUGAGCAAGGGCGCGCGCGCGCUGCCUGCGCCCGACGACAAACCGAGCAGAAAGCGUGGCGGUCGUCGGGCACGCAAGGCCAAGGAGGCGACGGCCAUGACAGAGUUGCGCAAGGCGCAGAACCGCGUAGCAUUUGGAAAGGAGGAAAAGGAGGUCGGCUACGGGGUCGGCGACAGCACCAUGGGCCUAGGCAUGCUCGGGCUGCGCGACGACGGGCGGCUGCGCGUGGCCCAAAUCGACCAGCGGACACGGGCCAAGCUCAGCGCGAAGAGCAAGGGCUGGGGCGGCGCCAGCUCGCUCAGCGGCAAUGCCUCGUCUCUCAGGGGACUGACCUCGGGCGGUGUCAGCAAUCUCAGUCUGGCGAGCAGCAAGGGCCUCCGGACGUCGGGCGUGGGCACUACGCUGGGCUCCACCGCGGGCACCGUGUCCUCGCUCGCGUUCACGGCCACUCAAGGCUUGGAGCUCGUCGACCCCAAGUUGCAGGCUGAGCUAAGCCGCAAACGUAAGGCCGACGAGGACCGGUGGUUCAAGAGCGGUGCUUUCACGCAAAUUGGGGGUGGAAGCAAGGACAGUGACGGAUUCAAGAAGCCCCCACUGCCGCCGAGCAAGAGGCUGGACACAGGGGCCACCAAGACACCAUCAUAGCUAGCGUUACGAGAUCGUGAGCGAAUGAUGCAAAGCAGCACAGCUCGAUUUGGUUCGUGCGACCCUCAGUUUGCACAAGGAUGGCGUCUGAGCGAAAUGGCAGUUGAUGGUCGUAAUCUGCGCGGAAUCUACACUAGGGGAUUGCUGGGCUGGUGAAAACGGACACCGAUCAGACAACGCUGGACUGGACGAAUUUGAUUCGCCUGUAUCUACCUAGGUAGUCAAUCCCAAGCAACCCUCACUCGAAGUUGCUCUCUUCCCGCAUGAGGACGCAGGAGACUGUACGUUGGCAAGAAUGCACGAUAGUCAUCUUCCGGACACGCGGUGCAAGCGACAUCCUUGGACGCAAGCAGCUGUCGCGGGUGAUUCGCCACUAUCAAUGGAGCACUCGUAAUCAGGGUCUAGGCCCCUGUAAGGUGAAGGGUCUAGGCCCUGGAAGGUGAGGGGAAAGGGACCCCCUAGCCCCGCACCUGCCAUCGGCUCCCAUGGCAUUCUUGCAAAUUCCCAUGUCUCACUUGGGGGAGCUGACGCCAUGGCGCUAAAACGUGCGCGCCAGGACCCCAGGACCGCAUGUACCGACUUGGUCCCUUCCAUGUAUCCCCCUCAGAAGGGCCUCUUCCGACCCUUUCCUCC